AUGGAAAGCAGAGAGGAGAUGGUGAUGCUGGCGGAGGGAGGUCAGCUGGGCAAGAACGGCUCUAAUUUGUCAGGAGCCAUCGGGAGCCCAGUGCGAGAACCGCAGGGGAAGCCGGGACAUGGUGGCUGUCUGAGCCCCGGCGCUGCGCCCUACUCCCGGGACAGAGCGGAGGUGGUGAUGGAGGAGAGCGCACGGAGGAAUAUGUGCGCCGAUAUGAGGCCAGUUGGCACGUCUUCCUCCGGAGACAGACACCGGAGUGAUCAUCCCCACAAAGACGGCAGCAGCUCAGACACCGAGUCGGACUUCUACGAGGAAAUUGAUGUGAGCUGCACGCCUGAAAGCAUGGACUACCCCACAGCUAAAGGUCGGAAUGGGGAUUCUCCAGGUCACCCGAGUGAGACUGGUGCUGACUCGGGGAACAUCGUCCCGGGUCCGGGCUCUCUGUCCUACGCAGCGGAUCAGAUUCGCAGGUACCGGACAGCAUUCACCCGGGAGCAAAUCGCACGGCUGGAGAAGGAGUUUUACCGGGAGAACUACGUGUCCAGGCCGCGGAGAUGCGAACUGGCGGCCGCCUUAAAUCUACCUGAAACCACAAUCAAGGUGUGGUUUCAGAAUCGCAGGAUGAAAGACAAGCGUCAGCGUCUGGCCAUGACGUGGCCUCACCCCGCAGACCCAGCCUUCUACACCUACAUGAUGAGCCACGCGGCGGCCACGGGGAACCUGCCCUACCCCUUCCCAUCCCACCUGCCUCUACCUUACUACUCCCACCUGGGUGUCGGAGCCGGCUCGGCUCCGGCCGCCACCCCUUUCUCCAACCCCCUGCGCUCCCUCGACAGCUUCCGGAUGCUGUCUCACCCGUACCAGAGGCCGGACCUCCUGUGCGCCUUCAGACACCCCUCCCUGUACCCGGGGCCGACCCACGGCCUCGGUCCCGGUGGUAGCCCCUGCUCCUGCCUGGCCUGUCACUCAAGUCAAACCAACGGCAUCUCAACCAGGCCCACCGGCUCGGACUUCGCUUGCUCCCCAACUAGCAGGACUGACGCUUUUGUCACUUUCACGCCUUCAGUGCUCAGCAAAUCCUCAUCUGUGACAUUAGACCAGAGGGAAGAAGUGCCUCUGACCAGAUAA